CAGGCUGGCCGGCAGGCGGGCGUCGCUCAGCCCGCGAGGGGCGGGCCGCGGGGCGGCACCUGGGAAGAGCGGCCAGCUCCUACUUGCCCACCUGUCUCCUGAGCACCCUGAUUGUGUCACCCUGUAGGCCAUGGAGAAUGACCUGCCAGCCCCACCCACAUCUCUCAGUGCCACAGUUGCCAGCAGUAACAGUGGGAUCAGUAGUAGCAGCAGCAGCAGCAGCAGCAACAAUGGUGGUAGCCGUCCUGGUGGAGCUGGGCCUCAGAUUUCUGUGUACAGUGGUAUCCCCGACCGGCAGACUGUACAGGUGAUACAGCAAGCCCUGCACCGGCAGCCUAGCACUGCAGCCCAGUACCUGCAGCAGAUGUAUGCAGCCCAACAGCAGCACCUCAUGCUGCAGACAGCAGCACUCCAGCAGCAGCACCUCAGCAGCGCCCAGCUCCAGAGCCUGGCAGCCGUGCAGCAGGCAAGUCUGGUGGCCAACAGACAAGGGGCCCCUUCAAGCAACAAUGGCUCUGCACAGUCCCCGGCCCAGUCGCCGUCGAUAAACCUGGCAGCCUCCCCAGCAACAGCUCAGCUCAUCAACCGUGCCCAGAGUGUCAACACAGCUGCAGCCUCGGGCAUCGCCCAGCAGGCUGUGCUGUUGGGUAAUACCUCGUCUCCGGCACUGACAGCCAGCCAGGCGCAGAUGUAUCUGAGGGCACAGAUGACCCAGCCAGGUAACCUGGUGCAGGUAACUAGGAGCCUAGGCGGCACUGUUCCUUUGUCCCCUCAGCUCAUCUUCACGCCCACGGCCACCGUCACUACCGUGCAGCCUGAGCUCAGCACCGGCUCCCCUGCCCAGCCCCCCACCCCCAAUCAGGUACAGAACUUGACCCUCCGAACGCAGCAGACAGCAACCACAACAGCCUCGGGCCCCACCCCUACCCAGCCUGCACUACCCAGCCUGGCCCUGAAACCCACCCCAGGCAGCAGCCAGCCUCUGUCCACACCCUCACAGGGCAGAAGCACCGCUCAGGGUUCCCCAGCAGGUUCCAAGCCUGGCAUAAGUGACAGUGUGGCUGAGCACCUCAAGAAGGGGGACAGCAGCAGUGGCAGUGUGCCAGGGAGCACUGAGGGCCGGGGGGGACUAAGCCGGAUGGUGUCCCCUGUGGCCACACACCCCCUCAUUGCACCAGCCUACACCCAGCUGCAGCCACACCAACUCCUUCCACAGUCCCCAUCAAAGCACCUGCAACCCCAGUUUGUCAUCCAGCAGCAGCAGCAGCAGCCACCUCUACAGCAGCAGCAGCAACAGCAGCAGUCCCAACAACCCCGGCCCCAAUCCCAGUCCCAAUCCCAGCUUGCCUCAGCUCUGCCAGGAGUGACAGUCCAGUCCAGCCCUGAAGUUCAUGCCAUGUCACUAGGCCCAGCAAUCCCUGCCCUCCCACUGCAGUGUCCUGCUACCAAUCAGCACAAACCUGGCAACAGCCAGCAAGGCCAGCCCUCCAGCCCAGAGGCUGGGCCCCAGAAUGGACAUUCUGAGGGCCUGCUCCACACCCCCCAACGCAGGUUCCAGCACACAUCAGCUGUCAUCCUCCAACUACAGCCUGCUUCACCAGCGACCCAACAAUGUGGUCCAGAUGCCUGGAAGGAGGCAAUGCCCAGGGAGAAGAGUCUGCCUGAGACCCUGCCCAGCCCAGCAGCCCAGCAACCAGCCACCCUCACUCCCCCACCUGCUGGUCCACUCCAGCCCACAAGCUCUGAUGUUCAGCAGUCUGCAGCACAUGAGACAGGUAAGGGCAUUGUUUAUGCACUGAACGACCUCAGCAGCCCCGGCAUGACCUCAGGGAACGGAAACUCUGCCUCCAGCAUCACUGGCACUGCCCCCCAGAAUGGUGAGAAUAAACCACCACAGGCCAUUGUGAAACCCCAAAUCCUGACGCAUGUUAUCGAAGGGUUUGUGAUCCAGGAGGGGGCGGAGCCUUUCCCGGUGGGACGUUCGUCCCUGCUGGUGGGGAACCUUAAGAAGAAGUAUGCACAAGGGCUUUUGCCUGAGAAACUCCCACAGCAAGAGAACACCACCACCACUGAUUCUGAAAUGGAGGAGCCCUAUCUGCAAGAAUCCAAAGAGGAGGGGACUCCCCUCAAACUCAAGUGUGAGCUUUGUGGCCGGGUGGACUUUGCCUACAAGUUCAAACGUUCCAAACGCUUCUGCUCUAUGGCGUGUGCCAAGAGGUACAACGUGGGCUGUACCAAGCGUGUGGGACUCUUCCACUCUGACCGCAGCAAGCUGCAGAAACCAGGGGCUGCCCCCCAUAACCGCCGACGGGCCAGCAAGGCAAGCCUGCCAGCACUGCCCAAGGAUGCCAAGAAGCAGCCUGCAGGAACUGUGCCUCUCUCAGUCACAGCCGCGCUGCAGCUGACCCACAGCCAAGAAGACUCGAGUCGCUGCUCAGAUAACUCAAGUUACGAGGAGCCUCUGUCACCUAUCUCGGCCAGCUCCUCCACCUCACGACGGCGCCAGGGCCAGCGGGACCUAGAGCUCCCAGACAUGCACAUGAGGGACCUGGUGGGUGUCGGGCACCACUUCCUGCCCAGUGAACCCACCAAAUGGAAUGUGGAAGAUGUCUAUGAGUUCAUCCGUUCUCUGCCAGGCUGCCAGGAGAUUGCAGAAGAGUUUCGUGCCCAGGAGAUCGAUGGGCAGGCCCUGUUAUUGCUCAAGGAAGACCAUUUGAUGAGUGCCAUGAACAUCAAGCUUGGGCCCGCCCUGAAGAUCUAUGCACGCAUCAGCAUGCUCAAGGACUCCUAGGACCUGGCCAUGGAAAAGACCCCUUCUCUUCUUCCUGGGAGCUCCUUGCACCCUAACUGAGCAGAGCACAAGAAACGUUCCCAUGGGGCAUAGAGAAGGGGCCAUGAGCUCCUCCUGGGCAUGGCUGAGGAGGAGGGGCUCUCUCAGCCUCCUCGCUUCCCUCAGGGCCCUUGCAUUUCUGCAGGAGAGGACGGAGGUAGGCAGGUGGCUGCAGAAGUUGGGGCAUUGUGCUUGUAAAUAUUGGUAGCAUCAGCUUCUUCUGAAGUCCCAUGGCUCUAGCCCUGCUCUCUUCCCUGUCCACCCUAGCCCCCAUCCUCACCCCUCAGAGGCACAGGUGGCCAGAGCUCCCCAACCCAAGUGGGAUAGCUGUCAAUGAUGACCACCAGGCCUGGACAGAGGCCAAGGCAGCCCUUGCCUGCCUCAUGCCCUCUUCUUCCCUAAGCUGGUUAACUCUUUCUUCGCCAGCUUCUCCCCCUUCAGCCUGGUUCUGAAAUAGCCAAGAAUUCUCCCAGAUCCAGGCACUGCAACGUCCAGGUGGAGAGAGAGAAGCUGGGCCUGAUUUGGCCACGCCUACUGGCCAUACGCCUUAACGCUGUGUGUGUGACUGUGUGUGAGAGCCCGGACUGGCAGAUGGGCUGAGUUCCUUCCUUCUGGCUUUAUCCAGGUCUCCUCCUAGUGCUUUGUCCUGGACUCCACUCACCCUCAGGUGGAGAAUGAGGGAGCUGCAGCCUCAGCACAGAGGCCAGAAGGGUCUGUAAGGGGGAGGUUUGGGGACUCUUCUUUCUGGACUCAUGAGGCCAUCGUGACAUGCUGCAAAUUGCUCCCGAAUGCCCUGCUUUCCCACGAACAGCAUUAAGGAAAGGCUCCUUCCAAAGGCCAUUGUGAAGGGCAUGGUCUCUUCCAUCCACACCACCCACGUGGCUGAGGCCUUGGGGACCCAGGGACUGUUGAAAAGGAUUGCACAGCUCUUGUGUCACGGUCGGCCUGAAAAAGGCCAUCUCCUCACCUCCUCUGCCUACACCCCUUUGCCUCUAAAACUUCCUAGCAUCCGUUUGGGCCUCUCAAGAAGGUAGGGUGGGAAGGGAAAAGAGCUCCCCCCACCUCUGACUGCCCAGCCUCAUGCAGACUGGGAAGGGGUUGGGGGAGAAUGGAGCUUUUCCCUGAACAAAGUGGGUACCUCCUUCACACGAGUUAUUCCUCACCCUCUAGGCAGGGUAGAAAUGGGAAAUGAAGGACUUUUUAGAGACCUUUUUUUUAAUUAAAUAAAUCUCUAAAACCUGCCUUGGCUGUCCCCUUACUCCCCCAUGGGCUCCUGCCUUCAGUCUUGAAUGGCAGUGGUGUGGCUCCCUGAGGUGAGCACUUGAGAGUAGAGGUGGUUGCCCCUACGCCACAGCCUCAUAUAACUUUGAAGGGCAAGAAACAGAAAAGCAAACACUAUAGCAUUAGAAAGGGGAAGAUGGUCUCCCUAGUGAAGAUGGAAUUCUUUGGAUGUUUGCAUAUGCUGAGCCUGAGCUCUUAUGGCAAGCUAGUAAAGCACCACCACUUCUCUCCCUUUUGCAGCUUCCAGGUAUGGGGGAAUGGGGAGGGAAGGAUGUGUUGGACUUGGACUCAGAAAUCCUUGCUCCAUUUACUAACUAGAAGAUGCCCUUUGGGCACACCACUACCUGUGCCCACCCGCAUGGGCAUAGUGUGAGGGAAACACCUGAGAAAUAAGAGCAGUUAUUGUAAUUACCUGAGGCAGGGAACCCCCUUCCUCUCUCCUUGCCUGAAAUUCUCACCAUUCAUACCUUUGGGUUAAGGCAUUGUCUCCAGGAAGUCCCUGCUUAGUUGCCUAGCUGAGCCCUAGCAAAGGGCAGAUGUGGACACAAGGCUGGCCAAUUCUGAUGGGAGAAGUUUGAGAACAUCAGGAGUGUGCUAGAGUCUGGGGGGAGGUUGCCAAAGUGGGGAGAAGAUCACCCUAAGAGGAUGGAGAUGCUAAAAAUAAAUGGUGUCCUUUGCAAUUGGAGCUCAGGCCAGCCCUGACCACAGGAACCCUAAGGGCUCCAGCAAUGUGAAUGAGGAAAGGCCAGGGGGUGUCAAGCCACUGGCUUCCAGCCCCUCCCUGGGUUUUGGCAAAUGAGCAAGGGUUAAAAAAUAAGGAAAUGAACCCAAGGAGUGUUUCUGGCCAUCUUGAAUACUUUGAGAAUCUGUGAUUAUGUCAAUCUUUGUGAAUUGCUGUGGCUGAAAAAAAGUUGCUGCUUAAUGAGCUGAAAAAGUUCA